AUGGCAGACGAAGACUAUGCCAUGGGGGAAGACUCCAUCAUCAAUUCGACGGAGCCAAAUGGCGACCAUCUACUGGACACCGUGAACCCGUCUGAAGUUUUCGCCAAUAUCAAAGGGCCACCAUUAUCUAAAAGGGAGCAACUCCCCUUCCACAGCCCAUCGAAGAACCCCUCAUUCCUGCAGCCCAGUACUACGCAGAGCCAGGCUGGAUCACAUCGAACAACAAAGUCACCGAGUGGCCGGUCGGAUAAGAUGAGCAUGUCGCGCCCUACUCCUGUUCGGCGAUCAAGUCCACAAGUUCGCAUACCCCCAAACCCAAGAUCAUCGAUUCUUCCAUAUGCGACGAACAAAACCGGCCUCGUCUACGACUCUCGUAUGCGCUUCCACGCCGAGCUGCCUGACAUGGAUCUCAUUGAUGAUAUCCAUCCCGAAGAUCCGCGUCGUAUACACUCCAUCUACGAAGAGCUUAGGCAAGCUGGUCUAGUGGCGACCAGUGAUUCAGAUGAAGACCAAGAGGACAAGUGCUGGAGGAUCAUGACGCGCUUUGCUACAAGACCGGAAAUCCUUCUGAUACACACGGAGGAGCAUUACGCAUUCGUAGAGUCAUUGCAGGACAUGACUGCGGAAGAUUUAAAAAUGGAGGCCUCCGCUCGCGACUCCAUUUACUUCAACCAUGCGACCUACGACUGCGCCAAACUCGCAGCUGGAGGAGCCAUCGAGGCGUGCAAAGCGGUAGUACAAGGAAUCGUGCGCAACGCAAUCGCCAUAAUUCGUCCCCCCGGGCAUCAUGCCGAAACAGAUCAGCCUUCGGGGUUCUGCAUCUUCAACAACGUUCCGAUAGCCACCCGAGUUUGUCAGAAUGCAUAUCCGGAGACUUGCCGUAAGGUCUUGAUCUUGGACUGGGAUGUUCACCACGGUAAUGGUGUUCAGCAUGCCUUUUACGAGGACCCAAACGUACUCUACAUAUCACUGCAUGUCUACAAGGACGGAAACUUCUACCCCAACUUGAAGGACGGUAAUCUUGACUACUGCGGCCAAGGUCCUGGCGAAGGGAAAAAUGUGAAUAUCCCUUGGGCAGAACACGGCAUGGGCGACUCAGAAUAUCUCUACGCUUUCCAGGAAAUUGUCAUGCCCAUCGCUACCGAGUUUGAUCCGGAUCUCGUCAUAGUUUCGGCCGGUUUCGAUGCAGCCGAAGGAGACCUGCUGGGUGGUUGUUUCGUGACACCGGCGUGUUACGGUCACAUGACACAUAUGCUUAUGCGACUAGCAAAAGGGAAAAUCGUGGUGUGUCUCGAAGGUGGUUACAACCUCAGAUCAAUAGCGCGUUCGGCGCUAGCUGUGACGAGGGUACUAAUGCUGGAGCCUCCGGAUCGCCUGAACGAGGAUCUUCCAGCCCCAAAGGAUAGUGCGGUCUACGUUAUCGAGAACGUGAAACGCCAGCACUCCAAGUACUGGAAAUCACUGUACCCUAAACACCUGGACAAAACCGACCCCGGCUACAAGGAUACACAUCGAUUGCACGAGAUUAUCCGCGAAUGGCAGAGUCAACGGCUGUCUUUGGAACACUCGAUGGUUCCUCUACCUCCACUUCAAAUCAACAAGGCUGGCUUAUCUCAGACGUUUGAACAUAACAUUAUUGCAACACCAAAGUUCAUGGACCGGUAUCCUCUCCUUGUGAUUUUCCACGACCCGCCGAGCUUCCAAGACCACACUGAUCCGGUGACUGGUAAGAGAGAGCUGCACAAUACAUGGCUUACUGAUGUUACGAAGAGGUAUAUUGACUGGGCCAUCAACAAUGAGUUUCAGGUCAUUGAUGUCAAUAUUCCGAGAGUCGUUGCAGUGGAAGACCUUGCUAAUCACAAUCAGUCGAUCAUCGGGUACACAAGAUCCGAUGAUUCUGCGGUUAGAGCGCAGCAAACCCGUGAGCUUGCAGCAUAUCUGUGGGAGAACUAUAUUGAACCAAACGAGGCGACGCAAGUGUUCUUUAUGGGUAUCGGCGAUGCGUAUCUUGGACUUGUCGACCUCCUGAGCCACAACGAAAACUGCACCGACCCUGAUAGCCCAGUCGAGUGCUUGAUCGGGUUUGUGGGAGAAACAACGAUACAAUCCAUUAAACGAGCGACAGACGACACGAUCUCUAGCUGGUAUUACUCCCACUCUUUGAUCUUCGUGAAGAACAGCCACUUCGUCUGGAAUCCAAGCCGUCAACGCAAGAUGCGCAAGAAGCUUGGCAAUCUUAUCCAAUCGCCCAAGGACAGUCUAGACGACAUGCUCGAGCAGCAUUUGGAGGAAGUGCAAAACCUACUUUUGGAAAAGAAGAGCGAGUUCGAAGAGAUGAAUGACAUUUCCAGUCGUACUGACGAGGGGCCGCAGAACAUGGCUGCAGGACUGCGAAGCCCGCCCAUAGCGAGCGCGUCACACACAUCCAGGCGUUUCGAGCAAGAAGCCGCCGCGAACCUAUUAAAGAGCCCCAAGAUGCCUCAAAUGGGCUUGUUCAGUGCGAGCAGUCCGCGGAGUCCCAUCAAGAGGCCACCCUUUUAA